UUUGGAAAGGUGUGGGGCGAUGUAAUGAAAGAGGCAGCUGUCUAAGGAAAAUGCAGACGAAGUGACUCAUUUGGAAAAAAGAUCCGUGAAUCGCCAUUCUCUGAGUUUUUUGCACUUAUCUUAUGGUUUUAUCUGAAUUCGGUCAAAAGGAUCGGCGGCUUUGCUUUUCUUCUGGUUGCGGUAUCAUGGAUUUGAGCCCCGUCAUGAUGAGCUACAGCUUGACGUCCCGCAGGCUGGACGGAAUCCGCGGCCUUUCCCCGCAGCCACAGCCGCCCGCAGCCCGCGGGGACGCGCAUCCACCACACACGCUGUCCCCGGUCACGAGUCUGGCUCGCAACAUGACCAGCCUGGCAGUUCUCGGGAGCCACUGUUACACCCCUGAGAGGAGAGCUGUGCCCCUCCUGAAGAUUCCCUCCUUCCAGUCGGAUGCCUCACUGGAUGUUGGACUUGGGAUGGAGUCCCCCAGCCAGCUGGACUCUGUGGAGACCGAGGAACUGUUUGCAAAGGCAACAACGGAAGCAGGGAAAGUUGAUGUUGUGGACUCAGGUCUAUUGCCAAAGGGCAGGGACUUGAAGCCAAAGAGUUGCGGUGCUGUCUGUGAGCAGGAUGCCCAACAUGAUAUGGGAUAUGACAACAAGGAAAACAUGUUUAAGGAGUUGUUUGAAUUCAAAAAGCCGAGUCAGCCAGCCUCCCGUUGCCACCUGCACUCCACUCACAGUGGAGAUAACGCCAUUCACCGGCUGAGUUCCACCCCUGCUCUAAUGGUACGUACCCAGGAGCUUCCCUCACCCACAUCGGAAGACAGAAUUCCCUCAACCUUACGCCACCCCUCACUCACUUGCCUUUUGGAUGAUGAGGGCUUUCUUGACAUUCUUGAAAUGGAGAGUGACUCUGAUCUGCCUAAGGGAAUGGCCAGCCUGUUGACUGCCCCGCUGGUCAGGGAAAACUCCAUGGAGGACAUUGACUCUGUAUGUUUGCACUGCGAGAACAGCCUCCUCUUGUCUGGUUCAUAAAACUAGAUUUCUCCCCCACAGCCUGUAAUCCAUGGCCGUGCCCUGCAGAAGCGGCACAGUGGCCCUCAGGAUGACAAUACGCCAGUGCGGGUGAAGAGGCCACGCAGUAUGAUGAGGCUGCAGACUGAAUCUGGCCCUCAAGACAAAGAGGACACUCAAACAGGCUGUUCUCUCAAACAGGGCAAUAAGUUAUGGCAGAGCUGUCACCCUGAUAUCGAGAAACUUCUGGAAAAUGAUACCAAAGAUCUGAUUGGAGAUUUUACUAAACCAUUUCUUUUGGCCACAGUGGAGGGAAAGCAUCAAGAUCUCAAAUACAUCACUUCAGAAGUGAUGGUAUCUGUACUCAGCGGCAAGUUUGAGCACCUUGUGGAGAGGACCCUUGUCAUCGACUGUCGCUACCCCUAUGAGUUUGAAGGAGGGCACAUCAAAGGAGCCCUUAACCUACACCAGGAGGAGGAAGUAGAACGGUACCUGCUGAAGAAACCCAUCACCCCAUCAUCCCCAGACAAGCGCGUGCUGCUCAUCUUCCACUGCGAGUUCUCGUCAGAGCGUGGGCCACGCAUGUGCCGCUUUGUGCGUGAGCGCGACCGCAUGUUGAACCAGUACCCCGCCCUGUUCUACCCUGAGCUCUACGUACUCAAAGGUGGCUACAAGGAGUUCUUCCCACGCUUCCAGAAAGAAUGUGAACCCCAAGCCUACCGUCCCAUGGAUCAUGAAGACUUCAAGGAGGACUUCCGCAUGUUUCGUCUGAAGAGCCGCACGUGGGCUGGAGAACGCAGCAAACGGGAUUUCUAUAAUCGCAUGAAAAAGCUUUGA